CGAUUCUAGACCGCCGUCAGCAAUACUGGACACACGUAUUUGCUGAAAUAUGGUCAAAGAAAAUGUUUCUCAGCUCGGUACACCCCCUCGUUAGAUAAUGAUUUAUCAGGAAGAUUUUAUUAUGGCGUGCCUCCCGGUAAAAAAAAGAGUCUAGCGACGCCACUUGUUCAAACGGUUAACCUAUAGAGGAAAAACAGCGAGGGCACCUUUAGCCCUAGUGACUACUACAGGGCUUAAUAGGAUUAUUUCCGUAAGAGGUGGGGGGUGUCUCAAAACCAACUAAACUGCCUAUUUAGACAGCAUUAUGCGCAUUUUGAGUCAGCUAUUGCAUGCAUAGAAACUGUGCUCUGACACCACACUCGUGGGAUGCACAAACUUGCCGAAAAAAGAUUCUAGUUGGGAGGUAGCUUAUUUGAUUGUGAAACACAUCCGCUGACCGCUAGGGCUCGAGACAAGGUGGCGUGUCGAGCGUGUGAUAACGAGGAAGCGCUUCGUUCAGAGGCUUGGACACAUGAAGACUGCACUGCUGUGAUGAGUGAAGAUGCCUCCGCAGAGAGUGUUCGCGCUGCCCAGACAGCAUUCCCUGCUGCUGCCCGCCGUCAUCAACCCAUUCCUACACGACCUCAAUUUAACCAAAGCCGAUAAAAUCAAAUGUUUUCUUCAAGGAAUCAUCCUUGUGCCGCUCCGUGCCAUUUUCUUGCUUCUCGUUCUAAUGGUCAUGUGGCCGGUUUCUGUCAUGAUUACAUUCAGACAGUCUCUGAAAGGAGCGGUGGAGCCAAUGACUGGCUGGAGAAGGUUCUUGCACAAAAGAGUGAUGACCUUUCUAGGCCGCAUGUAUUUCUUCGGGAUGGGUUUCAGGGUGGUGGUGAAGGGGAAGCAGGCUAGCAGUGUAGAGGCCCCCAUUUUAGCUGUGGCCCCUCACUCUUCUUUCUUUGAUGCCAUCGCCUGUAUUGAAGCUGGUCUACCCUCUACCGUAUCCCGCUCAGAGUCCCUGGAAGCACCAAUCUUUGGCAGGUUUUUGCGCUGUGUGCAGCCAGUGCUUGUUUCACGCAAAGAUCCAGACUCUCGUAGAAACACUAUACUUGAGAUUGAGCGGAGAGCAAAGUCAGGAGGACACUGGCCACAGGUGCUCGUUUUUCCUGAAGGAACAUGUACAAACAGAUCAUGUCUCAUUACCUUCAAACAAGGUGCCUUUGUCCCAGGGGUCCCGGUACAGCCUGUUCUUAUCAGAUAUCCAAAUAAGUUGGACACAGUCACAUGGACAUGGCAGGGUCCAAAAUCGGCCAGAUUGCUGCUGCUCACACUCUGCCAGCUCUAUACUACAGUGGAGGUUGAGUUUCUGCCCCCUCAAGUUCCUACUGAGAUGGAGAAAAAAUGUCCUAUCAAGUUUGCCCAGUCAGUGAGAUCUGUCAUGGCUGUGUCCCUGAGCCUGCCGGUCACAGACCACACUUACGAAGAUUGUCGUCUGAUGAUUGCAGCUGGAGAACUGACACUGCCUAUGGAGGCAGGUCUCGUGGAGUUUACCAAGAUCAGCAGGAAAUUGGAAUUAAAAUGGGAUAACGUGAAGAAGGAACUGGAGAGUUUUGCCAACAUAGCCUGUUCUUGCAAAGGUGGGAGGAUCACAGUUGAGGAGUUUGCCAGCUUCCUCAAACUACCUCUCAGCCCAGUUCUACAUGAGCUCUUCGCCCUGUUUGACAGAAAUGGGGAUGGCACCAUUGAUUUCAGAGAGUAUGUCAUUGGUGUCACUGUUCUGUGCCGACCAGCUAAUAAUGAGGAAGUCAUUCAGACUGCUUUUAAGCUGUUUGACAUCGAUGAGGACAACUGUAUCACACAAGAGGAGUUUAGCAGUUUGAUACGUUCUGCUCUUGGAGUGUGUGAUCUUGACGUCAACAGCCUCUUUGCAGAAAUUGAUGCAGAUGGAUCAGGACACAUAACUUAUGAUGAGUUUCGUUCCUUCGCUCUCACACACCCAGAGUAUGCCAAGCUCUUCACCACCUACAUCGAGCUACAGCGUUACCAGGGUCUCCAGGGUGGGGAGCCAGACUGUGACUCCUCUUUUUCUUACUUCUGUUCUGCUUCUCAUGAUGACGACCAAGAGGACAGUACCUCUGAUAAGAAAGAUGACUGACGCAGUUGAAGAAGCAUGCAGCUAUGAGGUUCAUACUUUGCCAUGCCAUUUGAACACUUGCCUUAAGAUUGGGUGGAGUGUUUUUGUACACAAGCAUAUGCCCUAUCAGCAAAUUUGGUUUUCUGUUUACACCACCAAGUAUUCCAUAAACUAUUCAAAGAUUUA